UUAAGCGUGAAAGAGUUUCCGGUUUAACCACUGUAACUGACGUCAUCUUUACCGAUCGGAGCUGAGCGAAAUCGAAAGAAAAUUAGAGAAACGGGGUAAAAUGGCCGGGAUCACAGCAAGUAUGUGCUGAGAAAUAAAUAAACUUCUACAGAUAGAGGUCAAGUAGCUGCUGCGUGAGGAUGGUGGAUGUUCGGGCCAGAUCCAAAUUACAAAGAAUGGAGUCUUGAGGUCAUGACUUGCGGCAGAGUACAGACACUUUGCUGCUUAUGAAGGGACAGACACAGUCAAUAUAGAUGGUUCGCUGAUAAGUGAAUGUUAUAACUAGUUUCUGAUUUUCAAUAAUGGAUAAUCAUCUUUCCAUCGUCCUUCUGGGAAAAGCCGGAGUUGGGAAAAGUGCUUCGGCAAACACCAUUUUGGGACGAGCAGCAUUUGAGUCCGAAGUGGCCUUCACACCGGUGACCAAAGACAUCCGUGUAGAAAGAGGAAGAAUUUUUGAGACAGACGUUUUAGUGAUUGACACUCCAGAGAUCUUAGCAUCAGAGAAGCAGAUAAAAACUUUCUGUCAGCUUGAACUGCAGGACUCCAGACCUCUGUUCCUGCUGGUGAUCAGCACUAGUAGCAGGUUCACUGCAGAGGACCAGAAGACUGUAUUUACAGUGAUCAGAGUCAUUGGUCCUCAGAGACUGGAAAACUGUUUUCUGCUCUUCACGGGGGGAGAUAAUUUGAAGACAUCAUUGGAAGAUUAUAUUUUCCAAAGUGACUCAAGUUUACUUCCAGAUGUGGUCAAAACAUUUUCAACAAGAAUUCACCUGUUCAACAAUAAAGAUGGAGGACAUGAACAAGUCAGGCAGCUGCUGCUGAAGUCGGGGCACCUCGUAGAAACUUUGCUCAGAAGGACCAAGUGUGUCAGAAUGACUGAGAGUGCAUCCACAGCAAUGGAUCUCUCAGAGACGGAAGAGGAGUUCUUUGAUGCAUCAGAUGAGUUUGAGUUUAAAGGUAAAGAAGGAGACUCUCAUGCCUCUGGAGACUGCAGUGGACAUCAAAGUGAAGAUGCCUCUGUAAAUGUAACUACAGAACCUCUUCCUCCAGUUGAAGUGACAGUCUCUAAUAUCAGCACAGAGUCUCUGUCUCUGCAGUGGGACUCUCCUGCUGCUGAAGUGGAAACUUUCAUUGUAACAUGUUGCACUGAAGGAGAAACUGUGGAGGAGUUGAAGACAAAAGCAAACUGUGUGACGUUUAGUAACCUGACCCCAGGAGUGUGUUACUCCCUUAAUGUUUCCGUACAGCUGAAAAAUGGAGCAAGAUGCACACUAGCUGAAAAAUCUGCCAAGACAACUUUGCUCAGAAGGAGUUUGACCAAGUGUGACAGAAUGACUGAGAGUGCAUCCACAGCAAUGGAUCUCUCAGAGACGGAAGAGGAGUUCUUUGAUGCAUCAGAUGAGUUUGAGUUUAAAGGUAAAGAAGGAGACUCUCAUGCCUCUGGAGACUGCAGUGGACAUCAAAGUGAAGAUGCCUCUGUAAAUGUAACUACAGAACCUCUUCCUCCAGUUGAAGUGACAGUCUCUAAUAUCAGCACAGAGUCUCUGUCUCUGCAGUGGGACUCUCCUGCUGCUGAAGUGGAAACUUUCAUUGUAACAUGUUGCACUGAAGGAGAAACUGUGGAGGAGUUGAAGACAAAAGCAAACUGUGUGACGUUUAGUAACCUGACCCCAGGAAUGUGUUACUCCCUCAAUGUUUCUGUACAGCUGCAAAAUGGAGCCAGAUGCACACUAGCUGAAGUAUCUGCUGAAACAAAACCUCUUCCUCCAGUUGAAGUGACAGUCUCUAAUAUCAGCACAGAGUCUCUGUCUCUGCAGUGGGACUCUCCUGCUGCUGAAGUGGAAACUUUCAUUGUAACAUGUUGCACUGAAGGAGAAACUGUGGAGGAGUUGACGACAGACGCAAACUGUGUGACGUUUAGUAACCUGAGACCAGGGGUGUGUUACUCCCUCAAUGUUUCCGUACAGCUGAAAAAUGGAGCAAGAUGCACACUAGCUGAAGUAUCUGCUGAAACAAAACCUCUUCCUCCAGUUGAAGUGACAGUCUCUAAUAUCAGCACAGAGUCUCUGUCUCUGCAGUGGGACUCUCCUGCUGCUGAAGUGGAAACUUUCAUUGUAACAUGUUGCACUGAAGGAGAAACUGUGGAGGAGUUGAAGACAAAAGCAAACUGUGUGACGUUUAGUAACCUGACCCCAGGAAUGUGUUACUCCCUCUAUGUUUCCGUACAGCUGAAAAAUGGAGCAAGAUGCACACUAGCUGAAAUAUCUGCUGAAACAAAACCUCUUCCUCCAGUUGAAGUGACAGUCUCUAAUAUCAGCACAGAGUCUCUGUCUCUGCAGUGGGACUCUCCUGCUGCUGAAGUGGAAACUUUCAUUGUAACAUGUUGCACUGAAGGAGAAACUGUGGAGGAGUUGGAGACAAACGAAAACUGUGUGACGUUUAGUAACCUGACCCCAGGAGUGUGUUACUCCCUCUAUGUUUCCGUACAGCUGAAAAAUGGAGCAAGAUGCACACUAGCUGAAGUAUCUGCUGAAACAAAACCUCUUCCUCCAGUUGAAGUGACAGUCUCUAAUAUCAGCACAGAGUCUCUGUCUCUGCAGUGGGACUCUCCUGCUGCUGAAGUGGAAACUUUCAUUGUAACAUGUUGCACUGAAGGAGAAACUGUGGAGGAGUUGAAGACAAAAGCAAACUGUGUGACGUUUAGUAACCUGACCCCAGGAGUGUGUUACUCCCUCUAUGUUUCCGUACAGCUGAAAAAUGGAGCAAGAUGCACACUAGCUGAAAAAUCUGCCAAGACAAAGACAGAUCUGGAGAUUCUACUGGAGGAUCUGCGGUUGGACCGGUGCUAUACAGAGAAGUUGUCGCUCAGCAAGAUACUUGAGAUUGAUGAGAAGACCAUCAGUGAUGAACAUGUAAAAUGCAAAUCAGACAUUCCCUGGUAUUUUCUAAAGAAACUGAUGAUGGUUAAUGUGACAGCUAGAAAUACAAAAUGCACAUCAGUAGGUGAACCAAACUGUGAUGAUGCAUCAAAGACUUUGGAAUUAAACUUUGAUGAACUGCUUGGCAGUUUAAAUACAGGUGACAGGCUAAACCCUCUUGACAUAAUCACUGCUCUCUUUCUGUGUUCUGAUGGUUUUGUACAACAAGAAAUGGCGCUAAAAAUGUCAAUGUGUCAGUUCUCUGUACCUCUGCUGCUUCCCAACUGUGACACGACACAGUGUACACUCAUGCUGUGGGCCAUGAGAGACAUUGUGAAAAAGUACAGACCUCAACAUCUUUUAGAAUCCAAAGGCUUCAUUGAAGAAAGAAUUGUUCAUUCUCAACUUCCACUGAUCUCUUUUGUGAGACUGGGUGAAUGCUCCUUGUCCAAGUCAAAGAUCCUCAAUGAGUUUCUGAGCAGUUCUCAGCAGUACCAUGACACCUUUGUUCACCACAACAUGGAGUGUGGAGACAGUCCAAGAAAAAUAUCCAAUGGAUUGACUGAAAUUACCUGGUACCUUCCUUGUGGAAACCAGAACAUGGACAAUUUUGUUGAGCCAGUUGCUAUAGCUAACCUUCAUGGUGAUAGUGCUUCAUUUGAAACACAAUUCUCCUUUCUAUGUCAGACCUCUGCAGCAGUGUUUGUGUUCUUUGAUAAUUUGGACUCUGGAUGUGAGCUGCUUAUGAACCAAAACCACAAAGCACAGAUCUUCUUGGUAGGAAACCAUCAGAACAAGAACUUCAGUUUUAGCACAUUGAAGGAGGUAGCAACCAAGUUAAGAUUGACCAACAACAACAUCAUAAUAAAGACAAAACAGAAAAAUGACGCAGACUUUGUAAAAUGCUUGAGAGAAUCAGUCAGUAAUGUAGUUGGGAACUCAAUGAUGAAGAUGUCAGUAGAGCAGAUGGCUGACGUGGCUCGUGAACUGGGAAUAUUGGUUGAUGAAGAUUCUCCAGAGUGCCAGGCUGGAAAGCAAAACGCAGAUGCCAUCACUGAAAGCAUUCAAGACAUCCUUAAAUACAAAGAAGAUCAGCUUCCCUUGCAAGGAGAAAUAUGGAAAGAACUGACAUUCUUAGAGAAGGAGGAAUUUCGACUUCGAAAAGUUGGGUCUGAAAACAUAGAGGAUUACAAGAGUGAUCUUCGGGAGCAGAAAGAAGAACUGAGGAAAAAGCAGAACUCUUAUGACAUGUCAGUAGCUAUGACUUGUUUCACUGAUGCCAUAUCCAGCUCAAGAACAGAGAGGUGUUAUUUUCUGAAAUGGAUGCGAAUGAACCUCGAUAACUUGUCUUGUAUAAAACUGUCUAAACUCAGGGAGCUGUACAAAGAGAAGAGUAAAGGUUCUGAAAACAAAGAAGAGAUCAAAGAAAUUGACAGACAACUUUCCAACAGCUCACUGGGAACUGAACACUUCUUCCGUGAAAUGGGUCAGAUCUACGAAGCUUCGGUUUCCCUUCCAGAAACAAACCCUUACCGUAAACAGUUGCAGCAUCUGCCCAAACUCGGUGCACAGCUGUUACUUGAUGGAUUUCCUCUUGAGCUUGUAGAUGGAGAUGCUUCCAACAUACCUCUCAGAUGGGUGAGUGAUGUUCUCUCUCAGCUCAAUGACUUGGUGUCUCCAAAGAACAAGAUCACAGUUGUCACAGUGCUUGGAGUUCAGAGCACAGGAAAGUCCACUCUCCUUAACACCAUGUUUGGAGUUCAGUUUGCAGUCAGCAGUGGUCGAUGCACUCGAGGUGCCUUCAUGCUGCUCAUCAAAGUCAACGAAGACAUCAAAAAAGAUCUCAACUGCGACUUCAUGGUGAUCAUCGACACUGAGGGUUUAAAGUCACCAGAGCUGGCACAGCUGGACAACAGCCAUGAACAUGACAAUGAGCUUGCAACACUUGUCGUGGGGCUGAGUGAUAUCACCAUUAUCAAUAUUGCAAUGGAGAAUUCAACAGAAAUGAAGGACAUCCUGCAGAUAGUGGUGCAUGCUUUCCUCAGGAUGAAGGAGGUGGGCAAAAAGCCCAAAUGUCAGUUUGUUCACCAGAACGUUUCUGAUGUUUCAGCCCAUGAGAAAAACCUGAGAGACAGGAAACUGCUUUUGCAACAGCUGAAUGAGAUGACCCAGGCAGCAGCUAAAAUGGAAAAGAAAGAGGAGAACAAGAGCUUCACUGAUGUGAUGAAGUACAAUCCAGACACUGGGAACUGCUACGUUCCUGGACUCUGGAAUGGAAACCCACCAAUGGCACCAGUCAAUGCAGGAUACAGUGAGGCUGUUUAUGAGCUCAAGAAAAACAUUCUCCAUCUACUGGGAGAGAGUGAAGCAUCUGCUAAUAAGAUCUUGGAGUUUAGAGAGUGGAUGACCAGUCUGUGGAAUGCAGUAAAACACGAAAACUUCAUCUUCAGCUUCAGAAACAGCCUCGUAGCUGAUGCAUACAUGAGACUCUGCACAGAGUUCAACAAAUGGGAGUGGGAGUUCAAGAAAGAAACGUACACCUGGGUUACCAAAGCAGAGACGAGAAUCUCUAAUUUUGGUACAGUUGCUGAAAAAUCUGGACUGUCUGACAUGACACAACUCCUCACUCAGCUGAAAAGUGAAGCUGCAUCAGUGCUGUCUGAAUGGGAGACCAAGCUCCUGGACAAUCUGAAGGAAUACUUCAAGCAAACAGAGGGUCAUGUUUAUCUGGUUGAAAGAUACAGAGAAGAUUUUGCAAACAGUGCAAAGAGUCUUCAACGAGAAUUAGAAAGUUCUGUAAAUAACCAGCUCACAGUAGCAGCUGAUAUCAGACGGAGAAUGAAAGAACUGGAUGAAAUCAAGAAGAAUCACACAACAGUAAUAGAGAAAGCAGUGUGUGAGUUAAUUGAUGAAUGUCGAAAGAAAAAAGUUGAGAUGACAGAGACAGAGCUGGACAAAGAGUUUGAUGAGAUGUGGAGUGAAACACUGAAGAAUCUGUCUUUUUUUGAACAAAAACCCAAAGAUGUCUUCGACAGUGUGUCCCACUGCCUGAAAACUAAUCUGUCAACAAAGGGGAGCCAUGCGUGUGAACUAUUGUAUGAAAAAAACAUCAAAGAUUGUGGGUUGGAACCUUACAAAUGCAAAGCUGAUGGAACCUUGAAAAAAAUUAAAAAUGUAUUCACCACAUGGACCUUUAAAGAUUUUGUCAAGAUGAGACAAGAAAAAGCUGACAGCAUCAUAGAUUGCUGCACUCAGUUUGUAACUGAAAAACUGGGACGAAAAUGUGAUUAUCAUGACACUUACAUUCAGGAGAUUCUUCAUAUUAUUGAUGAAAGUCUAGAAAAAUGCCCAGAUAUGAACAUAGAUACUGAGUUUGAGGUUUCUCUAAAACAGCACAUCUGUGGAUUUGCAGCCAGACGCUUUCAGAAAAUGCAUUUAGAGUUUCUACAUGUAAACGAUCCUCGUAGAUGUCUGGAUCAAAACAAAGAAAAGUUCCGAGAUGAUUUCAAAGAUAUGUUCCAUGAACGAGACCAGUGUCAGAAGAAGGCUGCAGAAUUCACAGAACAAUGUCUGAAGCCUGCUGUUGAGGACUUUGUCAACCGUUCCCUUGGUCCUGAUAUCAUUGAUGAAAUGCUGACGAAGCAGCAGUUCAGCACACGAAUGUCCUUCCAGUAUUCACUUUUACUGGAUCUGCUAUCAGAUGAUAAGUUUGAUGGUCUCUGCAGAUAUUGUUUUCCUUAUGAGAGUUAUGUAAAAGAAAAAAUUCUUCAACAAGUGAAGAAACAUUUUUCAAACAGCUCUGCAACGUUUGAGUUGGAGGAAAAACAUCUUCAGUCAAGGAUCAACAGGAUAAAUGACGCCAUCAAACACACCAAAGAAAAGAAGUGUGGUGACUUGAAGACAUUUGUUGAAGAAAUGUGCAAAGAACUUGGUGAUAAACUGGUCAUUUCCCAGGAUGCUCUUGGAGCUUUCAUGAUCCUGAACAAUGCUGACCAGGAUCAGUUUGCUCACUGGCUCACAUUGUCUGUGGAGGACAUGGCAGAAACUCUCAGGAAGAAGUUUAAAAAUACACCCUUUGUAACAAAACUCAAACGUCUCCAUGUGAAUCCUCAGAAUGAGCUUUUUAACAGAGUGGUUGGUUGUGGAAAACAGUGUCCAUUCUGCAAAGUUCCCUGUGAUGCAGGAGGAAAAGCCCACACUUCACAUUUUGCUUCACUGCAUCGACCAGAGGGUCUGGGAAGAUACAGGUUUACAACAACUGGAAAACUUGUCACUGUCAUUUGCACAUCCUCUGUGCUCAGUGAUAACAGAUUUUUGCUUGCAGUGCCACAAACGGUAAAUGGCAUCCUUACAAGGAUUACAAAGAAAUUUUUCCAGACUGGAACAUCCCUCCAGCCUCCAUUCCAACCUUGAGGCAUCAGACUACUGGAAAUAUGUGAUGGCAAAAUACAAAAAAGAUUUUGCCGAAGCUUAUGAUGCAGAACCUGCUAACAUUCCUAGUUUUUGGAGAAAGAUCACAAAAGAACAGGCAAAACAAAGUCUUAAAGAGCCUUUCACAAUUAAAUGAGACUAUUAUUCCUCCUAAACGACUUCUAGUCUCUAGAGAAAAACAUAGUGGAUCCACACAGAAGGCUCUUAUGUAUGGUUGUAUGUACACAAUUAGCCAAAAGUGAGUCGAAAUGAUUAACUGAUUGUUGAUUCAGAAUUCAGAUAUGAAGAGAAAAUUGCAAACGGCUGGAAAUAAGACAAUGUGGUUAAAGAUGUUUCCAUCACAAUUACAUUUUGUUUUUUUUUCUUUUUUCUUCUUUUUUAAUGAGUGCCUUAAAGACAAAAUUUUAUUUCAUUUACUUACCAGUUUAUUUCAUUUUUUACUGUAGUACAGUUAAAAAAUCAACAAUGCCAUUAAAUUGAGUUAAACGGUUUCAUGUUAUGAAUGAAUUCCGUUCACAAGUUUUCCAGGCUCAAACUAAAGUGGUGAUGAUAAAUUCUUUAUUUUAUGUUAUUUUUUGAAAUAUUGUAGAAUGAGGAAAUUGAUGAAAAUUACAUUUUAAUAAAAAUUUAUUAUAUUUUCUGUGUAAAAUAUGUUUUUGUUUCUAUUGAUGAUACAUACAUUUUCCUAUGCUAAAAUAACUUUCUGAAACUUAUCAGAAAAGUCUUAAAUCAUUUGUAAAUCUGUCUUCUAUCCUGUAAUCUUGUUCUUAAUAUUUUACUUUUUUAUAUUUUAUUUUGUGUCUGAUUCCAUGCAAGCAUAUGAUUCCUUUACAUUAUUAAAAUAAAAAUGAACAGUUGUUGUAUGGUAAAUCUGGUAGUAUCGACAUAAUGCUAUAUUAUAUACUCCUGUUAAGCAAGUGAAUAAAGAGAUAAAUCUGCA